UCACUCUUUCAAGAAAAGAAAAAAAACAUAUGAAUGAAGGGUUUGAAUUCGUAUCCUAUUUCAAUUAUAAUAUGAUACUUAAUAAAAUUAGAAAUUGAAUUUAUUUGGAUCCGGUGAGGUGUGUUUAUAGUAAAUCUCGUGAGCCUGGAUUUUCUGAACGAUCAAGACCUGAUCUUGUUCAACAUCCAGAAUGGGGCAGCCCUAGGGUAGAAUGGCGACACCAGUUUCAAUCUCAAUGUUUCUGCCGACCUAAAAACCUAGCUGGAAGAAUCACUUCUGAGCGAAUAAUUCUCCGAUCCAAGUACAACGUUUGUCCUCCAUUUCUUUCUUCUUUGUUUGUGUUCCAGGAUCUGAGUAAACAGUUGAUUAUGUCGGUGAGAGGGAGGAAGGUCUCCGCCCGAGGAGAAGCGGUGGCGGCGAAUUAUGCUUUUGGACCACUCGAGGAUGACGUUAUUAUAAAACACAGGCUUCUCACCCGGACGACGACCACGAGGGGGGAGCCUCCGUUGAAGAAGCUCCAGAAGAAAUUCACUUCCUUUGUUAUUGAGAUUGAAAAGGAUGGGAGUAACUAUGAUGACUGCGAAAAGCUUUCCAGAGCUUUCUUACAAGAGCUGUCCACAUUUGAGAUUCCUUUGCUCAAGAGCAAAGCAGUUGUCGAUGCAAAUAUUAGAGAAAAGGAGAGCUUCCAUGAGUUCAAGGAUGAGAUAAACAGGCAAAUUUUGUUAGCCCAGGAUGAUAUUGAAGAUCUUAAGAAGCAGCUUGAAGAAAGCAAAAUCGAGAGGCAACACAAGGAGGAGUGCGAGGCAAUUAGGAAACUUAUUGCAGCACAGCCGCCCAGGUCUGUGACACAAAAGAUUAUUAUGGAGCUAGAGAAAGAGAUUGCUGCACUUGAUGCGGAGAACACUGCUAGUUCAAGGAUGCUGGAGCUUCGCAAGAAACAAUUUUCUCUUUUGUUGCACGUGGUGGACGAGUUGCAGAAUACCAUAGAGGAUGAACAGAAGAGUUUAAUGGAGGAAAUGAGAAUCACGGCUGAGGAGCAUAAGAUUGGUGUAGAUGAUGCUAGUGGAGGCUUGGAAGCCAUGGCUGUUGACUGAGAGGUCUCGAUUUCUCUUAGAUGUUCUGGUGUAGAACUUGUAUGCAUAUUCUUUAAAAUUCGGUAUUAUAGCGAUCACGUUAUCUGGAAAUUUUGCGGAGAUCUUCUCCUCUAAGGUCAAUCGAAUCGAGUAGAAUAUUGUUCUUAUUCAUAGGCAUUGUAUGCAAAAAUACAUAAUUAGUAAAGGAGUAGAUCUUGUUCCCAUUGA